CGUGAGCGGUUGUCUUGGAGAGGGACGCGGAGGCGACGCUGCUGCGGGAGGAUAGGGUGGGUAGAGACCCAGUGAACUGGCCCCACAGAGUCCCGUGUUGUCUCCGCCCCCGUGAAAGCCCCAGAAAGUAGCAGAGGACCGCACCACCAUGUCGGGGGAGGCGAGCGCGCCAGGAGCUUCACCCAGGACCCAGCGUCUGGGGACCCAGAAGUCCUCUGGCACAAUGAGCAAGAAGGGGGAUCGCGGGACCAAGGAGAAGCCGGUGACCACUCUGCCACCGGUGGGCGAGGAGGAGCCCAAAAAUCCUGAGGAGUACCAGUGCACCGGCGCCCUGGAGACUGACUUCGCGGAGCUCUGCGCGCGGUCGGGAUACGCGGACUUCCCCAAAGUAGUUCCUCGGCCCCGCCCGCACCCGAGCUUCUUCCCGUCCGCCUCCUUGUCGGAAAAGCCCACCCUAGUAGAGGACCAGCGUCUGUCGGCGUCCUGCAGCAUCAACAGCCUGGAGAGCAAGUACGUGUUCUUCCGGCCCACCAUCCAGGUGGAGCAGGACCUGGACGACAAGUCGGUGAAGGAGAUCUACAUUCGGGGUUGGAAACUGGAGGAUCGGAUCCUCGGUAUCUUCUCGAAAUGCCUGCCCGCCCUCAGCCAGCUGCAGGCUAUCUACCUGUGGAAGGUGGGGCUGACGGAUAAGACCCUGACCGCCUUCAUUGCUCUGCUGCCUCUCUGUUCUUCCACGCUCAGGAAGGUAUCUCUGGAGGGGAACCCUCUGCCGGAGCAGUCCUACCACAAGCUCAUGGCACAGGACAGCACGAUCGCGCACUUGUCCCUGCGGAACAACAACAUCGAUGACCAUGGUGCACAGCUCCUAGGCCAGGCUCUGUCCACCCUGCGGAGCUGCAACCGGACCCUGGUCUUGCUCAACCUGGGCUUCAACCACAUCGGGGACGAGGGUGCUGGCUACAUAGCAGACGGUCUCCGGUUGAACCGCUCCCUGCUCUGGCUGUCCCUGGCCCACAACCGCAUCCACGACAAAGGUGCCUUGAAGCUGGCAGAGGUCCUGCGCCCCUUCGAGCUGACGCACACCGAGGUAGUGGAGCGCCGGCGCCUCCUGCUGGAGAAAGGGACGCAAGAGCGGUCGCGAUCGCCUUCUUCCUCUCGACAUGGAGACUCCAAAACAGACCGUGAUAAAAUUCAGCUGUUGGGGGCCAGCACUAUUGCAGCAAUGGAAAAGACAGACAAGACACAGUCAGGGAAGACCCCCAAGGGCCUGGGCAAGAAGAAGGAGAAGGCUGGGGAUGCAAUGAAGAGGGAGGAGAAGUCAGGGUCUGGGCAGUCACCCACACAAGGAACUCCUAAGAAAGAAGACUCAAAGUCAGGCAAGGGGAAGGUCACCAUCCCCGAGCAGAAACCAAGCAAGGGCAAAGGGCCCAAAGCCGGGACCAAAGAGAAGCGCAGCAUCCUCAUGGAAGCGGAGCUGGUUGCUGAAGCUACCGAGAUGGUCAACCCUCUCCUGGAGCCCGUGGAGCACCGAGAUGGGAAAGUGUUCAUGCCUGGGAACAAGGUCCUUCUGCACCUCAACCUCCUCCGAAACCACAUCACGGAGGUGGGGCUCGAGGGCUUCCUCACAGUGGUGCAGUACCAGGCGCAGUUCGCCAAGGCCAAGAGCCCGUCCAAGGGCCCCUUGGGCCUGCUGUGGCUGUCCCUGGCGAAAAACAGCUUCUCCCUGCAGUGUCCCACGUACACCAAGAUCCAGGAGCUGAUGCUGCCCAGAGACCCCAUCAAUAAGGCCAAGCCCAGGGAAGAGGAAGUUACAGCUUUCCCCACUUAGCUCCCCCCACCUUCUUCCCAGAGACCCUGGGCCACUGAAGCCGUUCCUGUCUGUGAGGGCCAGCCUCCCUGGGGGAGGGCUCAGGUCAUUAACAAAGGCUGUUGCUGUACCUUUUCCCUGAGCUUGUCUGAAAUCAUUUGCUUCAGAAUGACUUGGACCAUUCGAAUUGUCUGUUCAUCAUGUUUCCAAAAGUGACUGGGUAUCUUUGAGGUUCUGCUGGGGAUGUCCUGGGUCCCUCUGGUGCUGGCCAGCCAGGGAUACUGCUCCCCUGUGUCCUGAGGUCCUGCAUCCUGAGGUCUGGCUCUGGCUUUCAGACCAGGCCAGAUGCACCAGCUAGGCUAAGGUUUGCACUUGGCUUUUAGUCUCAGGCAGAAGGGAACGGCUUGG